AUGUCUCUCUCUUUCACUUCCCCUCCACGUUCUCGCUCCCGCUCCCGCACCACUUCCAACCGCACACUCUUCCGCUUCCUCUUCGUCGCUAUAGCCGCAAUCCUCUGCACUCACGCCCACGCUCGUUUCAUCUCGCACGAUCUCCUCUCCGAUGGUUCCAAUUUCAAUGUUCUUCGACUCCCUACAGAUCCCGCUGCUGAACCCGCCUGCGAGCAGACCUACGGUUUCUUACCCUGCACCACCACCGUCCUUGGAAACUUGUUUCUUAUUAUAGUCUAUGGAUUUCUCAUGUACACCGCCGCUACCUUUUUGUCUAACGGUAGCGAACUGUUGCUUGAGAUCUUGGGUCCCGGCAUUGUUGGAGGAUUGUUUCUUCCUAUCCUUGGUGCUCUCCCUGAUGCCAUGCUCAUUCUCGUGUCUGGGCUUUCAGGAAGUGCAGAAGUUGCUCAAAGUCAGGUAGCGGUUGGAAUGGGACUGCUGGCCGGAUCAACGGUGCUGCUUCUGACUAUAAUAUGGGGGACUUGUGUGAUUGUAGGCAAGUGUGACAUUGAGAAUUCCAUUGCACUUGAUUCAACAGACACUAGAGGAUUCAGUCUAACUGGUUCUGGUGUUAGUACGGAUAUUUGGACAAGUUAUGCUGCAAGGAUUAUGGUUAUAUCUGUUAUUCCGUUUGUGAUUGUUCAACUACCGCAAAUGCUCAAUUCAACUUCUGGAAGGCACUUGGCUGUUUUGAUUGGUCUUGUUAUCUCUGUCUGCUUAUUGAUCUCUUAUUGCCUUUACCAGAUUUUCCAACCCUGGAUACAAAAGCGAAAAUUGGAAUAUAUUAAACAUAAGCAUGUUAUUUUGGGACUUCUGAAACAUUUGAAGAUGCGUUCAUUGGGAAAGCUUCUGAAAGAUAAUGGCGAACCCAACACAGACGUAAUUAGAAAGUUAUUUGCAACAAUUGAUGAAAAUAAAGAUGGACAUCUUACUCAUGGUGAAAUGACAGCACUGGUUGUUGGAAUUCAGUUCGAGGAGAUUGACCUGGACCACGACGACGCUGUAACAAGAAUUAUGGCGGAUUUUGAUACUUCUCGUAAUCAACUUAUUGACGAAACAGAGUUUGUUAACGGAGUCUCCAGAUGGCUUCAAGGGGCCAGGCGUUCUAAAGUUCAAGGUGGUGAUGCUGGUGCACACACUGUAAAGUUUUUAAGUGAUUUUCACACCGAAACAAAGCGGGAACACGAUCUUUUGGAUGUGGGGGGUCAGGGUGAUGAAGCCACUGAAGAAGUUGAGAAUGUUGGAUGGAUUUCCACCAAAGCGGGACUGCUGCUGCUACUAGGUGCCCUUAUCGCCGCUGCAUUCGCUGAUCCUCUGGUUGGUGCGGUCGAUGACUUCUCUACUGCUACAAAUAUUCCAGCUUUCUUCAUUUCCUUCAUUUUUCUACCUCUAGCAACCAAUUCAAGUGAAGCUGUAUCAGCAAUAAUUUUUGCUAGUCGUGAUAAGAGGCAAACAGCAUCAUUAACAUUUUCCGAGAUAUAUGGUGCAGUAACAAUGAACAAUGUGCUAUGCCUAUCGGUCUUCUUGGCGCUCGUAUACGUGAGGGGAUUGACAUGGGACUUUUCUUCAGAAGUGCUGGUUAUUCUCAUCGUCUGCAUUGUCAUGGGCGCGUUCGCCAGUUUCCGCACCGUUUUCCCUCUAUGGACAUCAAUACUGGCUAUCCUACUCUAUCCAUUCUCCUUGGCAUUGGUCUAUGUUCUUGAUUAUGUAUUUGGGUGGUCAUAG